UGUCAACACUCUCCUCUUCUUGACCCUGGGUUCCCUGUUACCAGCUUUCCUCACCUCUCUUGCCUUCUCAUCCUUGCCCCUGGGCUAGUGUGGUUUUAUGGGCCUGUCUAAUGUUUGGCUGAAGGGUUAACCUCAGGAAUGACUUCAGUACUGAGUUAAAAGGGAGUCUGGGGGCCGUACUCUCAAGGUUUAUCCACUUUCUGUUGCACCAGUAAGUCUGGUCUUUCUUUUUUUGUGUGUGAGUUAGAAUUUUGUUCUACAUUUUUCUGCAUCUGGGACCCUCUACUCUGAUCCUGGUUAGAGUAGUCAGUGGUGGUGGUAGCUGGGCUCCAUCUAGUUGUGCUGGGCUCAGUCUGGUGGAGGCUGUGGUACCUAUGGUCCAUUUGUCCUUUGGAUUAAUCUUUCCCUUGUAUCUUUGGUUUUCUUCAUUCUCUCCUGCUGCAGAUGAGGUGAGACCAGUGCAGUAUCUUAGGUGACCACUUGGAAUCUUCUAAAACCCCAGAUGCUGUUCACCAAAGCAGGAUGUAAAACAUUUUCUUUAUCAACUAUAUGAUGCCAAUAAGCUAGAUGUUCCCCAAGACCAUGGUCCCCAUCCCUCAGCUUGGUAAUUUCAUCCUUCAGGGAGUAUGGAUGUGUCUGUCUAUGGAGCUUCCAUACCUUGCUUUGGUCAAAUUGUGCUGGCUUCCCCAGUAUUGUGUACUGUCUUACCCUUCACCAUAGUUACAACCUAUCUGUGGUUUUUUUUUAGUUGUUAUGAAUUUGUUGUCUUAAAAUGUCCUUGCCAUUCUAACAUCUCUAGCCCAGAGUCUCUAAAGUGGUUGUGUACAGAAACUGGUGAAUAGCACAGAAAACAGUGAGGAAAGAGUUCUGAGAAGUACAGUGGUUGGGUUUGCUACAACCAAGUAAUAUGGCUAAAGGUACUGGGGUAUUAGGCACUUAGGUGUGAUCAUCUGUGAAUUUGUGGGCUUUACUUGUGAGUUUCUUGAACUCCAAAUACAAACACAGGGCUGGACGCUUCUUGUUUCCUUUUAACAAUCCUCUUUUCUUUUUCCAAAUGCUGCCUCAGGUACAUGGGGCCACAGAAUCUAACAGGUGUCUCAGAAUUCCUCCUCCUGGGCCUCUCUGAGGACCCAGAACUGCAGCCCCUCCUCUUUGGACUGUUCCUGUCCACGUACCUGAUCACUGUGACUGGGAACCUACUCAUCAUCCUGGCUAUCACCUCUGACCCCCACCUUCACAACCCAAUGUACUUCUUCCUCUCCAACCUAUCCUUGGCUGACAUCGGUUUCAUUUCCACCACAGUCCCAAAGAUGCUAGUGAACCUCCAGACUCAGAGCAAAUCCAUCACCUAUGCACGCUGCCUGACGCAAGUGUCCUUUUUUUAUCUCUUUGGAUGUGUGGACGAUCUGCUCCUCACUGUGAUGGCUUAUGACCGGUUCAUGGCCAUCUGUCAUCCCCUGCACUACACAGUCAUCAUGAAACCCCGCCUCUGUGGCUUGCUAGUUUUGGUAUCUUUUUUCAUCAGCCUUUUGGACUCCCAGCUGCAACUUUCAAUGGUGUUAUCACUUACCUUCUGCACAGCUGUGGAAAUCCCUCAUUUCUUUUGUGACAUUCCUCAACUCCUUAACCUUGCCUGUUCUGACACCUCCACAAAUACCAUAUUACUCUAUUGUUUUGCUGCCAUCUUUGCUGGUGUACCAGUCACAGGGAUCCUUUUCUUAUACACUCGAAUUGUUUCCUCUAUUCUAAGAGUCUCAUCUGUAGGUGGGAAGUAUAAAGCCUUUUCCACCUGUAGCUCUCACCUGUCAGUUGUUUGCUUAUUUUAUGGAACAGGCCUUGGAGUGUACCUCAGUUCAGCCAUCUCAUCUUCUGCCAGGAAGGGUGCGGUGGCCUCAGUGAUGUACGCCAUGGUUACCCCCAUGCUGAACCCCUUCAUCUACAGCCUGAGGAACAGGGACAUCAAGAGGGCCCUGCAAAGGAUCCUAAGCAGAGCAACCUAAUGUCAACACUUGUGCCAUCCCUUUGAGUGUAUGGGUUGGAAAAUACAGCAAAACCAAACAUCUGCUACUAGAAAUCUUGC